AUGAAGAGGUGGGCAGCCCCCACCUCCGAGCCCAGGUCCCAGCAUCCACAGCCUGCACCCCCGAGGCCUCCUCACUUGAGGCCUCCUCACUUGGACGGCAGCACGAGGCGCUGCGGACACCUUGAAAGCGCGGGUCCCUGGCCUGGCAGCAGGAAAAGAUGGUCACGGCUUGUCCCUUUCACCCGUGUACGUAAAGGAAAAUCUUACCAGGGCACCUACAAUCCCCCGGACCUGUGCACAGGAUUUUGUUCCAUAGUUUGCAACAGGUUAGAAAUGAGCAGAGAAGUAUUUGAGUCAAAAGUGGUUGAAGCUUUGAGAGAAGCAGCAACUGCUGUUGAACAAGAGAAAGAAAUCCUCCUGGAAAUGAUCCACAGUAUCCAAAACAGCCAGGACAUGAGGCAGAUCAGUGACGGAGAAAGAGAAGAAUUAAAUCUGACUGCAAACCGUUUGAUGGGACGAACUCUCACUGUUGAAGUUUCCGUAGAAACAAUUAGAAACCCCCAGCAGCAAGAAUCCCUAAAGCAUGCCACGAGGAUUAUUGAUGAGGUGGUUAAUAAGUUUCUGGAUGAUUUGGAAAAUGCCAAGAGUCAUUUGAUGUCACUCUACAGUGCAUGUUCGUCUGAGGUGCCAUCUGGACCAGUUGAUCAGAAGUUUCAAUCCAUAGUAAUUGGCUGUGCUCUUGAAGAUCAGAAGAAAAUUAAGAGAAGAUUAGAGACUCUCCUUAGAAAUAUUGAAAACUCUGACAAGGCCAUCAAGCUGUUAGAGCACUCUAAAGGAGCUGGUUCCAAAACUCUGCAACAAAAUGCUGAAAAUAGACUUAACUAGUCUUCAAACCUAAUAACAUUUACAAAUACUGAUAUACAAAUGAUAAAAUACUAUUUUAAGUGAUAACUAGUUCUUUAUGUUAAGCAUAACCACUUAAUACUGAAAGUUGUUUCAGAUGAAAAUAUUCCAUCUAGUGUCAUGUUGUUUUGUGAAUUACAAAACUAGAAAUAUUUAAAUUACCUAUCUAGAAGUUUUUAGAUUGAAUUCUAAGAUUUCUAGGAUUUAGCACUAUAUAUAUAUUUUACUUCUUUUGUGGAUGAAUAUAUACUAUAUGAGAAAAAUAAUUGCUCAUCUAGGGACACAAGCAUCACUGCCCUUUCCUGGGCUUCAUCUGGUAUGGAAAUAAUAAUUUUGGAGCAUGCAGUUGACUAGGAUUUCUUUACCUGAGGUGACACACACAUUAACUCCCACAGUGUUAACAAAGCACCAUGCUUAUAGUGAUAAACAGGAAUCACAAAACAGGAACCUUUCUCACUGUCUUCUCAUUCAGCAAUUUUUCAUCUGUAUCAAAUUAUUUUGAACUUAUGGAUUUAUGUAUCUCUUAUGACUGUAUUUUUAUAUAUACAUGAAAACAAUAUAAAAUGUAAAAAAAAACCCCUAUAACUUGCCAUGUAAACAAUUACCUAUUCACUUCAACUUUUUUCAAAUGCAUAAUUUCUCUAAAAUUUCAAUGUUGUAACUUUUUUUUAGUUAAAUGCAGAUAUAAAGUCUGUUUAAUUGUCAACUUAAA